GCUUUGAGCAGUUGAUUCAAAUGCAAAUUACUCGAACUCAGGCCCUUUUCGCAUGAUGCGUCCUUUCACAAUCAUGUCAUACAAAACCAUGCAAAGGUGAUAACUUCGCGUCAGAUUACCAAGGCUGUGUCUGCUUUGAGAUAACGAAACAAUUUGCGACCGUCUGUGCUAGAAAAUAUGAAUGACGAAACCCACUGUGAGGGUAGCCUUGGAGAAGAAGAUCAGCGUAAAGAUCAAGAUCUAAGCGAAGCUUUGAAUCAAAUAGAAGAAGCCUGCAAGGUAUUUAAGCGAGAGGCAGAGAAACUUCGCCAGGAGCGGGAAGUAGUCGACGCACUGUCUAAGAAAGUGGAGAACUUUCACUUUCCUUCGACAGUGAAACUCAAUGUGGGCGGACACAUCUUCGAAACAAGUCUUCAAACGCUGACCAAGGGCGCUCCAAACUCAAUGCUUGCCGCCAUGUUUUCAGGGAAAUUUGACCUGAAACCUGCAGAAGACGGCGCUUUCUUCAUCGACCGUGAUGGCACCCACUUCCGGUUUAUUCUCAAUUUUCUUCGCACUGGGACAUUAACUUUACCAGAAGAUGCUACAGUUUUUGAGGAAGUCAUGAAAGAAGCCAAUUUUUAUCAGAUCCAGGAAUUAGUUGACGCGCUUGAACGUCCAUAUGAUCCGACGCAGUCUCCUAUACUUGGUUUGAAAGUAGCCGAGCUAUUUGGAGAGUCGAUGAUUGUAAUAACUGAAGAGCAUCGAAAUGCCCUAAGGGAGUUUCUCCCUUCAGGAUGCGAAAACUGGCACCUUCUAUUCCGAGCCUCUCGCCAUGGUUUUAAGGCGCAAAACUUUCACUCCAGGUGCGAUAAUAAAGGACCCACGGUCACAAUUGUACAGAGUGGAGACUACAUUUUUGGAGGCUUCAUGGAAAUAUCAUGGGCUUCCGGUCCAGUUACGACUUUUGUGAAGAGCACACAAUCAUUCCUGUUCAGUUUGGUCAACCCUAGUGGUGUAGGACCGACUAAAAUGCCCCUCAUGAGUCAAAACCAAAAAUCUGGCAUGGUCGGUCAUAGUGGAUAUGGACCCACGUUUGGCAUCAAGGGUUCUUUGUUCUUUUCUAUCUCCAGAGAUCUAUUCAUCUCAAAUGAUGCAAACACAAACACAGAAAGCCACAGUGAACUCGGCACCUCUUACGAAUGUCCACGGGGGCAAGAGAGCUCCUUCUUAACAGGAGGUAAAUAUUUCUCCGUUUCCAAUUACGAAGUGUUUGGACUCCAGUGACUGACAACAAAAAAAUCAGAGAAGAUCUUUCACCAAUUAUAACUACUAGUAUUAGAUCUAGUAUAUUACGUCUUCCCCCGCCAAUUAAUGAUCUAAAUUUUUGAGUAUAGAAAUAAUUCUAUCAGGUGUGAAGGAUGUUUUAUCAUGUAGCUUGUGGGUUACAGUAAAAUGUUAUAAAAAAAUAUGUGCAGAGGCCGAAAUUUAUCUUGAGUGAUCUUAAGUAAUGUUGACAGCCACGAGAACCUUAGUGGUUCAACCCCCUUUGAAGGUCGAACAAACAUCAAACAUGGCAAGCUAAAUUAAGGAUUGUGUAGUUAUUAAAAAAAACGACUGAACUUUGUUUGAAUAAUCAGAACUUAGAAUUUAGUUUCACCUUUGUCUUCAUGCUUAUAAUUGAAUAAAGUGGCAUAUCAUAAUGGU